AUGAUUUUAAAAAAUAUCAUUAAGUGGCAAAAAUGCACUGUAUUGAAGAAACUCAAAAACUUAAUUUAUAAAAUUAUAAUUACAGAACCAAUAAAAUUUGAGGUUUUUGACUAUGACAGUCCUACAUCAUCUGAUUUUAUAGGCGAUUGUCAUACUACAAUCGGAAAAAUAGUUGGAUCAAAAAAUUGUACAUUAGUACUAGAUUUAAAGGAUAAAAAAGAUAAAUUUAGCGGAAAGAUAAUCAUAAGAGCUGAAAAGGUUAACUAAUGUAAUGAUGAAAUAAUAUUAAAAAUAUAAGGAAAGAAAAUAAAGGAUAUGAGAUUUUGGACAAAAUCAUCUCCUUUUCUUGUUUUUUCGAGAAUUACAGAAAACAAUUUUCCUUUAAAAGUUCUAGAAACAAAACAUAAAGAAAACAACUUAUAGCCUUUAUUCGAUGAUAUAAAAAUCAAAGCAUAAAAAUUAUGUAAUGCAGAUUAUAAUAUGCCUAUCCUUAUUGAAUGUAUGGAUUAUAAUUCAAACGGAAAACAUGAUUUUAUUGGAAGUACUUAAUUCAGUGUUAAUGAGGCUCAAAUUAAAAAGGAAUAUAAGCUUAAAGAUAAAAAAUAUAAUGAUGCAGGAACUCUUUUUUUUAAUAAUUUUUAGUUGAUAAGAAAGCCUUAAUUUAUUGAUUUUAUAAGAGGAGGUGUUUAGUUAAAUUUAGUUAUUGCAAUCGAUUUUACUGGUUCGAAUGGAAUUCCUUCUGCUUCAGAUAGUUUACAUGCCAUUCAAAAUAAUGGGUAAUUUAAUUCAUAUUAAUAAGCUAUAAAGCUUGUAGGUGAUAUUCUUCUUAAUUAUGAUGCAGAUUAAUAAAUACCUAUGUAUGGAUUUGGAGCUAAACCAAAAUUACCUAAUUUUUAUUAUAAUUAAACUAUGCAUUGUUUCCCUCUAAAUGGAAAUCCUUAAAAUCCUGAUGUUCAUGGAAUGAAUGGAAUUUUGAAUUGCUAUUAAUAAGUUUUAAAGUUUUUGGAAUUUUCAGGUCCAACAUUGUUUAAUCCUCUUCUUACUGAAACUUAAAAAAUAGCUUAGUUUAGUAAAGUUUAAAAUUAUUAAAAUUACUAUAUAAUGCUAAUCUUAACUGAUGGAGAAAUUCAUGAUAUGGAUGCUACUAUCUAAACUAUUGUUGAUAUGGCUAGAUUACCUAUAAGUAUUAUUAUCAUAGGAAUAGGAAGUUAAGAUUUUGAAAAAAUGCAUAUUUUAGAUGGUGAUGACGGACUUAUUGAUUAUAGAGGAAGGAAAGCUGAAAGAGAUCUUGUUUAGUUUGUGGAAUUUAAUACCUAUAAAAAUAAUAUUGAAGCCUUAUAAAGAGAGGUUCUAGCUGAAUUACCUGAUUAAGUAGUUGAAUAUUUCAGAUUAAUAGGAGAAGAACCAAAAUAAGUUUAAUACUAAAGAAUGGAAUCAAUUUAGGUUUAAAAUAUUCCGUAAGCGAAUAUGAAUUUCGGAUAAAAUUUAAUUUAAGCAGGAUUCAUGUAAAAUAUAUUAUAAAGUGUAUAGAAUUAAGGCAUCUAAGAAAAUAAUAAACCUUUAAAUUAAUAAUAAUAGUAGUUUUAUUAAUAAUAUCCUUAAAAUAAUUAAUUUUAUCCUUAAAAAUAAUAAUAAUAAUUUCAAUCCGAAAAAUAAGCUUAAAUUUUUGACUAACCAAAUCAAAUUUUUGGAUAAAAUAUAAGUAAAGCUGGAUUUAUGUAAAAUAUUGUUUAAAAUAUAAAUAUGUAAAAUUAAGAUUAUUAAAUUGCUCCGCCACCACCACCACCUCCACCACCACCAGGAUAAAAUUAUUGA